UUCUUUGCUCACGAGUCACAAGUCACGAGUCACCUCACCACCAGGGGCGAUCAGUGAGUCGCUCACUUUCCCUCGCGUCUCGUGCUUCACUUCCCCGCAUCUCCUCGUCGCCCUGGUCGCUACUACCGCCGCACUUGCAGGAUCCGUCAGUGCUCGCACCCGAUCAUGCCGGCGCGCCGGUUGUUGGAAAUAGAGCCCCCAGGCCCUUUUCGUUAUAUUCUGGGCGCGGCGCUGAUGCUGGUGGGGGUCGUGCUGCCGCUCACGUAUUUCAUGUUCCGAUCCAAGCGAACUCCGCCUCCUUCGUUCAAGCAGACGUUUUAGCCCGUCAACCAUUCCGACACCAGACCAGAUCUGCCCAUCCGUUCACUCUCGAGCUCUCCUUAAAACCAGCUGUCAGAUCAGGCUGUCGUUCCGGUUAGGUUUGGGAAUCGCAGCCGCCGUUUGUUGCUGACCUCAGCAACCGAUCAUGGCUCGUCUGCUGGGUGCUAGACCCCUGCCGCCGCUGCUGCGGGUGCUGGUGGCGGUGAUGGUGGUGGGGGCGGGGGUGGCGGGGGUGAGGGGCCUGUAUGAGGACCAGGUGGGGACGUACGACUGGUACCAGCAGCGCAUUGGCCGGGCUCGCUUCGCGUCCUUCCUCACCUCCUCGCAGCGCAAGCGCGUGCUCGUUGGCACGGAUAGGAACGUCGUUGCUGCGCUAAACCUCCGGACAGGGGAUAUCGCGUGGCGUCGUGUGCUGGGGGAUGCUGACACCCUCCACGCCCUGGAUAUGGGCGGCCGAUAUCUCAUCACUGUAUCCGGCACCAAGAUGGCAGCAGUGAGGGCGUGGGCGGUACCCGAUGGCGCCCUUGCAUGGGAGACCGCCCUACUGCUGCCUUCGGCUGCUGCUUCGACAGGAGGGGCUGUGACUGCUAGUUUCAUCACCAUUUCGGCCCCUGAUGCGCCUUCCACAGACCGAGUGGUUGUCUUACUUGGGGCAGCAUCAGCAGCAGCAGCAGCAGCAGGGUCCAACCCAGCAGCAGCAGCAUCUGCCGUGCAUUGCUUGUCAGCUGCUACUGGUGAAGUGCUCUGGUCAGCCGCCCUGCCCACACCAGCGCACAGCAUCUCCCUCCUCCCCCACGGUUCUAUCCUCCUCACUGCCCUCUCCCCUGACCUCUCCUUCUCCCUCACCACCCUCGAUGCCGCCUCGGGAAAGGUCACUGCCUCUGCUUCCUCUCCUCCUUCCUCCUCCUCCUCCGUUUCCUCCUCUUCCUCUUCCUCUUCCUCUGCUCCGAUUCCUGGUCCUGCUGCUGCCUAUGUCACUGCUACAGGCACUGCUGUUGCUGUGGAUUCUGUGUCUGGUAACGUCCUCACUGCUGUGCUGGUUACAUCUGCUACAGCAGAUGCCACAGUGGGCGCUACAGUGGGUGCUACAACUGAUGCUACAGUGCACGUGCGCAGUACGCCCCUCGCCUCUCUCCUACCCAAGGAGCACUACCAGUCGGGAUCUUCAGCUACAGUGGUGCCAGAGAAGGCUCCAGGAAGCUUCGUCUGGCUGUCAGUGCCUGGAGCUGUGUUCCUCCUGUCAGCAGGGGGAGCAGGACAGGCUGAGUCAGCGGGACAGAUGUCACUCGUUGAUUCGUUCCCUGGAGUGAGCGCUGUUAGUGCGAGUGUUGUGGGAGGAGCAGCAGGGGCAGGAGGAGGAGGAGAGGGAAGGGAAGGGGGGGAGUAUCACUCUGGUCUCGUGGGAUCGCAAGGUGGUGGCGAUUCCCUGAAGUUUAACAUCAAGGUUCACCAGCUGCUUCCUUCCUCCUCCUCCUCCUCCGCCUCUCUCCUCUCUGACUCUGUCACUGUUCCUUCUCCACCGGGGACCACCGGCUCAAUAGCAGAGCUGCCAGAGGAGGAGGAGGAGCUGUCAGUGGCAGCAGUGGAGCACGACUUUGUGGGAGAGGGAAGAAGCCUGGCGUCAGUAGUGGCAGUGUCCGUGGCAGAGCUGCCGGAGGAGGAGGAGGAGCUGUCAGUGGCAGCAGUGGAGCACGACUUGUACGAGUGGGCACAUACACACCUGUUGAGGGCCAAGGCGUCCCUCCCAAUCUCGCCUCAGCUGACGAGCAAGCCCUGGUGCACCGCCUGCGCACCGCCUCACCUGAAAAGGUCCGGCCUUGUCCGGGAUAGGAACGGGUUCCGCCGCAUUCUCCUGCUGCUGACCGCGCCAGGUGGGGGCAACAGAGCGUCAGGUGGGAAACAGCAGAGGGUCAGGUGGGAAGCUGUUUGCGCUGCAUUCUGGAGAUGGCCGAGUGCUGUGGGCUGCUGCACUUCCGUCAGGUGGUUCUGCAGUGGAUGGGCGCGUCUGUGUUUUCACCUGAAGCUAUGGUCCUGUGGAGGGACCCCCACCGCAUGUCACCUGACCAAACACCUGAAGCUCUGGUGCUGCAGAUUCGGCAGCAGGCACAGAAGCAGCAAGAGGGGGGAGAUAAGGAGGGAAAGACGAGAGGCGGCUGGUGAUGCUGUGGAGAAGGGUGAGAAGGAAGCGGAGGACAGGAAGGAGAGAGGAUGGUAUCAGCCCGUGCACGUGCAUGUGUUCCCAGGGACGGAGGAGGCGAGGGGGUUUCGAGGGCACAAGAAGGAGGUGUUCUUCUAUCUGGUGGAUGCUGUAACGGGGGCAGUGGAGGGGUAUAGCAUUGGAGAGAGGGUGGAGGAGGAGGGUAGCAGUGGCAGCGGUGGAGCGGUGGUGGGAGGGACGAUGGUGGGAGGUUGGGUAGGGGCGUGGUGUAUGGAGCAGUGUUGGUGUGGAGGGUGGUGCUGCCUGCUGACUCGGAGGUCAUUUCAGCCGUUGCUGCACCUAAGAGGGAAGAGCGUGUGUCUGUGUGCACCUGUGCAUGGUGUGCGUGGGGGUAUGGAGCGGUGCUGACGUGGCGGGUGGUGCUGCCUGCUGACUCGGAGCUCAUAUCAGCCAUUGCUGCGCCAAAAAGAGACAAGGUGGGUGUUUGCGUGUGUAUGCAUGUGUGUGUGAGUGUGUUUGGGUGU